GCCUCUGACGGAAAUUCUUUGCACUAAAAGUAAAGUUUAUUAUUAAAAACAAAACAAUUGUCCAGCUUACUCAAUUUGUGAGUAUAGGUUGCCUAAUAUAAGAGCUGUGUUAAACAAGGCUUGGCCCUGCGAGAAAUCAAUAGCCGCUUGGGGUCGCUGGACGCUUUAUGUCCGCUCUAAAAUGUCGAAACGCACGCGCGACUCAGAUUCGGAGGAUUUGCAGUCCUUUUUGAUCAACUUUCACAAGGAAAUCGAGGAAGGCAGCGUUGAUGCCAAAGAUGCCAAGACAAAUGGUGACGGCGUGCACGAUGAUGCCGAGGAGGAAGAAGAACAAGAGGACCAGGAUGAUGAUGAUGACAAGUAUUUUAUUGACGACGAAGGCAACUGCUACAUAAAAACCACACCAAGAAAACAACAGCAGCUCAAAAAGAAACUCAAGCCCCAAGCAACCUCAAACACUACAGAAACAGGAGCUAUAUCAAUACGCAGCGCUUCGCGUGCUGCCAGUAGCACAGCAUCCAAAGCCAUUAAUUUGCGUCCAGCCAAGCCCAAACCGGCUGCACCGCCACAAAGAACGCCUAAAGCAAUUAAUGUACGCCCCGCUCCCCCAAAGAGAACGCCUGUGAAGACGACUUCAAUUACCGUCAGCACACCCAAAGCAUAUCUACGUUCCGCAAACACGAGAAACUCUGCUAAGGCCACAAAAUCUGAGCCGGAGUCGGAGUCCUUCAAUAAAAAGGUGGUGGAUUUCGAAGAGCUUGUGGAUGAUCCGAGUGUCGUUGAUGCAUCUUCCGUUUCUCUUGACGAAUCGGAGAUAACUGUCGCGGUAAAUGACGCAAAUACAACUAAUCAAAGCGACGAUCCAACCGCUAGCAAAGAUAACUCUGACGAUGAGGUCUAUGAAUUUGACGACAAUGCAGCCAAUAUGUCCGCCAGAUCAGACGUUGACUUUGUGCUCAGCGGCAAUCAGUACAAGCUAAAGCCGGCGACCAACUCGGCUGGAUCGCAAAAGUACGCCUGCUCCCAUUGCAGCUAUACGACCAAUAAGAAAUUCCUAAUAUCACGACACGUCCGUUCUCACGACUCGGAACUGUCAUUCAAGUGUUCGAUCUGUGAGCGUGGAUUCAAGUCCAACAUGGGUCUGGUCAAUCACUUGAACACACACAUGGGAAACAAGCCGCACAAGUGCAAGCUGUGCGAGAGCGCCUUCACGACCAGCGGAGAGCUCAUACGACAUACACGUUACAAGCACACCAAGGAGAAGCCGCACAAGUGUACGGAGUGCAGCUAUGCCAGCGUUGAGUUGACAAAGCUGCGCCGCCAUAUGACUUGCCAUACAGGCGAGCGUCCGUACCAGUGUCCGCACUGUACGUACGCUUCGCAGGACAUGUUUAAGCUGAAGCGUCACCUGGUCAUACACACAGGCGAAAAGAAGUAUCAAUGCGACAUAUGCAAGUCCCGUUUUACGCAGUCCAACUCCCUUAAGGCGCACAAACUUAUUCACAGCGUGGUGGACAAGCCAGUCUUCCAGUGCACCCUGUGUCCGACCACGUGUGGCCGUAAGGCUGACCUGCGCACCCACAUGGCUAACAUGCACACAUCGGAUAAGCCGCUCAUCUGCAAGCGUUGCGGCCAGGAGCUGCCCGACCGCUAUCAGUAUAAGCUUCACAUUAAGUCGCACGAGGGCGAGAAGUGCUAUCGUUGCAGCCUCUGUAGCUAUGCUUCGGUAUCUCAGCGGCAUCUGGACUCGCAUAUGCUCAUCCACACGGACACGAAGCCCUUCAAAUGUGACUUGUGUUCACAAGCGUUCCGGCAGCGUCAACUGUUGCGUCGUCAUGUAAAUCUAAUGCACAACGAGGACUACAAGCCGCCGGAGCCGCGUGAAAAGAUGCACUCCUGUCCCAGCUGCUCGCGUGUCUUCACACACAAGGGCAAUCUGAUGCGUCACAUGGAAACACACGAUGAUACGCUGAAUGCGCGCGAGGAGAAGCUUAAACUAAAACUUGGACGUAGCGUCCGUUUGCAGCCGGACGGCAGCAUUGUAACUUUAGUCAAUGGCACCGAUAUUGAGGCACUUGGCAAGGGCGAUGCCAUUUCCAUUGACAUAGACGAACAGUAUGAGCUCACUGAGUUGCAGGAAGUAGAUGAGGAGGAAGAAGAGCCCAGUGAAGUCGUUGAGGAAACGUUUACUGCACCCACCUUAAGAACAAGAAAGGCAAACAAAACUGUCGUAAUAAGAGAACGCGAGCAGAGCUCGUCAAGUAAACCAAUUAUUAUAAAUCGCCAAUUAAGAGCUCCGCGUGUCCACCGAGAACUUACCACUCAAGCCGGCACAUUCCGUAUCAAGGAGGAGCCGGAUGCAAACGAAUUUACCGUAGAGCUACAAGGCGACGAUGACCAGUUUAUGGUCGUCCAGCUAGUCAACGAUGAUAGCGAAGUUGUGGUCAAGCGGGAGCCCAAGAUCAAUGCCAAUAACUGUUUUGGCUUCGAGGAUGAUGCCGAUGCAGAAUACGAGGAGUAUGUUGAGCCUGUAGCUGAAGUGGAUGCUACGUCCCAGGAGUUUCUGCAGCUAAUGGAUAUGAUUGAGCAGGAUACGUAGCUUAAGCGUAUUAAUAAAUAAAGAUCUUAUAAAAGAAUGUAUAGAAUAUAUGAAAUAAAAAC